GGUGAACAGAAAAUGGCGGAGAAUACAGCAGGCAGAAGGAGUCUAGUUUUUGAACCCCCCAACUUGGGUGAAGAUUCAGAUGAUGAUCAGCCCGAAAGUCAUUUAAAUUUUCACUGGAAUGAUGAAGGUCUAGCAGAAGAAGAAGAAGAAGAAUCAGAAAGAGCUUUAUUGCCAGAGCCUGAUGAACAACAUGAUUUAAACGAUCUGAGGAUUGUGCUGCUGGGAGUCUCUGGUGCUGGAAAGAGUCCAACAGCAAAUGCAAUACUGGGUCAAGAGGCUUUUAAGGAGAGCAGAACGAUAGAAAGUGAGAGACAGAGAGGAAGAGUAGAAGACAGAAACAUCUCCAUCAUCGACACUCCAGGCUUCUUCAACACUCACCUGACUGAUGAAGAGCUGAAGAAGCAGAUGAUGAAGAGUCUGGAUCUCUCUGAUCCUGGUCCUCACGUCUUCCUGCUCGUCAUAAACCUGGAGAACUUCAUUGAGGAGCAGAGGAACGUUGUGGAGCAAAUCCAGGAGAACUUUGGAGCUCAAGCUAAGAGGUUCACAAUGGUGCUCUUUAUUGGACGAGAAAAAAUAUCCAGAAGAGAAUGGAUUCAAAUCACUGAGAGUGAAAAAUAUAAAGAGCUGCUGAACUACUUUGAGGGAAGAUAUCAUGUGAUAAACAGCAAAAAUGAAUGUGAUCCCUACCAGAUCACGAUGCUCUUAAAGCGUAUUGAUGAAAUGAUGAAGAACAAUGGAGGACAAAACUACAGUAAUAGACUUCAACUGAAUCCUGGAGAGAAGGAUGCUGCAGACCAAGAAGAUCUGGAAGAGAUUAGAGGACUGAUACGGGAGAUUGCUAAAGAAAGAUUGCGCUUUAAAUUGGAUCAGAGGAUUGUGCUGUUGGGUAAAACUGGAUCAGGAAAGAGUUCAACAGGAAACACCAUCAUCGGCAACUCUAAGUUUAAUCAAGGUGUUUCCUCUAAGUCUAUUACUAGACGCUGUCAAAGACGUGUGACAACAGUGGAGGAUAAAAUCAUCUCAGUGAUCGACACUCCAGGACUAUAUGACACAUCAAUGAGUGAAGAAGAGCUGAAGAAAGAGAUCAAGAAGUGCAUCUACAUGUCUGCUCCUGGCCCUCAUGUGUUUCUGCUCGUCAUCAGACUGGGUGUGAAAUUCACAGAAGAAGAGAAGAAAACAGUGAAAUGGAUUCAGGAAAACUUUGGACAAGAAGCUUCUCGUCACACCAUCAUUCUGUUCACUCACGCUGAUUAUCUGAAGAAGAUUUCAUUAGAUGAAUACAUCAAAGAAAGUAAUGAUCUCAAGGCUCUUGUUGAUGAGUGCGGUGGCAGAUUUCACUCAUUCAACAAUGAAGACAUGAUUAAUCGCUCUCAGGUCACAGAACUGCUACAGAAGAUUGAUGAAAUGGUGAAGAACAAUGGAGGACAGCACUACACUAAUGAGAUAUUUAAAAAAGCCCAGAGAAAGAUUGAAAAAGAGGUUUCAAAUCAAAAAUGGUGGGACUAUGGAGAAACAAUAGGAGUAGCAGCAGCAGUAGGAGUAGCAGCAUUAGUAGGAAUAGUAUUCGCAAAAUGAAAAUAAGGAAAGGAAAUGAAUCUGAUUGAACAAUGGCCAGAUCUUCAUAUACUAAUUUCUAAUUCAGUUUUCUAAAAUAUGUAAUGAGAAUUGGAUUGAGAUUUUUUAUUAAGAUUGCCUACUAUAUGGUAUGUAUAUUGAUUAGAUUAUUUUAUCUGUUGUAUUGUGAUUGUCAAAACCUGGAAAUAUAUCUCUCAUUUUCUUCCUCAUCAGCCUAAACAAAAGUGCUAUUUCAGUCUCUAAGAAACUCUCAACUAAGAUACCAAAUUAAUCUGUACUGUUCCUACAUAAUUUGUAACACAAGCCAGUGGUGAAAUAUCUAGUUAGAAAUCUUAGACCUUUCCAGUGAUAUAUACAGUAGUCAACAUUUGAACCUUUCAUCAAAGUUGUCCUAAAACCUUCAUCUUAGGACAACUUUGAUUAACUUUUCUGAUCCACUUCAAAUGUUGACUUCUGUAGUUUGUCAUGAUUAGAUCAGGAUUUAAUUGUAUAUAGUGAAGAAAACAUAGGUGCCCCGCUGAAGGGACGGUGACAGUUAAAGCAAAUAAACAUACCCGGAAGAACCGAUGCACUGCUUCGAUGAGCACUUCCAGUAACCAAUUCUGCUGUGGUAAAGGUCCAUAACAUUAUUUAUGAUGCACUUUGAGCUUUACAACUUUGCAGACUGUUUACAUUUACAUACAGCUACAUUACACACUGCAUGAAAGGUACAAUGAUCAGAAAUCCAUAAUAGGGGCACAAUAAUGAGAAAAAAUGAUAAUAAACUAUUUAAGGGCGGAUUAGAACCCAAACCUCUGACACGAUUAACAAAAGUUCUACCACCAGACCAUUUUCAUGCGGAUCUACGUAUUUUUUCACUAAUGUAUAUACUCUCUGGACUAACAAUAUAUUGUAUUAUAGAUGGUGUAAGGAUGAACACAUUAAACAU